CCACAGGACGUAGCGCGACGCGACGUUGCCAAGCUGUUCGCGUCGGCGCGGUUAUAGAGUAGAAGCGACGUUGCCAGUGAGGUGAAUGCUGAUGAAGAAGGAGAGAGAGAGAGAAAGAGAAAGAGAGAAAAGAGAGAGAGAGACAGAAAGACAGAACGGAGAGAAAGAGAGAGACAGAUAUAGAGAGAAAGAGAAAGAGAGAGAGAGAACCGGUGGUAGCCACGAGGAGGAGCACGGUCGGUCGAACCGACCCAACAGUCAGUUUUUGCCUCUCGUACGCAGUGGGCGACGCUGCUCGUGACGGGACGCACGAGCGUGUCAUGUCACACGCGUGACAAGAGUGUAACGCCGCAACUAUACGGCGGGACAGAGAGACUGACGAAGAUCCAGAAAGAGGGAGGAAGGAAAAGAGUAGAACGAGAGAGAGAGAAAAAAAAAGAGAAAAAGAAAAAAUAAAAGAGAGAAAAUAAAGAGAAGGAAAGGAGAAGGUAACGUGUGCGUGCGGUCGUUGUGCCGUGGCGGGUUUUAUUCCCCGUGUGCGAUUUUAGGAUCGAAAUAAUCGAAUCAUCAAAACACGCACGCACAAUUAUGUUACCGGCUCUACAAAGCGACAACAGUAAUAAUAUCGUCACCGCCAACAAUACCGCCGUCGCCGUCGCCGUCGCCGUCGCCGUCGCCGCCACCAUCAUCAUCGUCAUCAUCACCACCACCACCACCAUCGUAAACCUCGUAACCGUCAACGACGACGACGACAACGAUGAGAACGAGAAGCUGUCCGCUUUAAGAUCAUGCGCCGGAUUUUUCGCAAACGGUUAAGAGAUCAGACCACGACACCCUGCUAAAUAUCGCCGGCUCACUUCCGAAUAAUUUGCUUUUCCGCGGCAUCGCCGUGACUUUUGAAUAGGUCUUAGGAAUGAGGGAGCGAGCUUUGGCGAGGGUUUCGCGGUGGUGGUUGAUCUUACUCUUCGUGGUGGUGCGCGUCGAGGGCACGCAAACUCCUUCGUCGUCCUCGAUCUCUGGAAAGAGAUCUGCGACGGGGAUAGAAUGUGCCGCGGGUUGCGAAUGCACGAAGAACGAGGAAAGUCUCUUCUGCGAGUCACGCAGUUUCCUUGGUCUUGGGAUACCGCAAGAAGCGGACACCGUUAUCCUGAGGAAUGUUCAAGCUGCCGCGAUUCCAGUCGCGGCAUUGGAAACCUCUGUUGCACUGAGAAGUCUCAUCUGGACGUCCAGUGGAAUCGAAAGGAUAGAGCCUGGUGUAUUUCGAGCGACGGAAUCUCUCGAGAGCCUCAACUUAGGUGAUAACAGGUUGGCAGAACUGCCAUCGGACGUCUUCCACCCGUUGCACCGACUACAGUACCUGAAUCUCACCGGUAAUCGGUUGAUCACCCUGCCGCAGGUCCUCUUUCAGGGCCUCGAUAGUCUCCACGAGAUACGUCUAGCGACAAAUCAUUUGUCCGUACUGCCCUUCCAAGCAUUCGGUCCAGUAAGAGGAUUACUCCGUUUGGAUCUGAGCGAAAAUUUGUUGGUGUCUCUGCCGGAUCAUAGCUUUAGACCCAAUAAACAAUUGGAGGAACUCCGAUUAUCCGCCAACAGACUCACGAAGUUACCCUCGAGACUUUUCUCCGGUCUCGCUCUGUUAAAAGUGCUCGAAUUAGCCGACAACGAGAUCGAUGUACUGCCACGUGGUCUUUUCGCCGAACUCGCGUCCCUGGAAUACUUGGAUCUAGCUGGCAAUCCCGUCAUUCGUCUAACCAACACGGCCUUUCAAGGUCUCUCCAGUCUGCGAUGGCUCAAUCUCGAGAGGUUACCGAUCUCCAAGCUACCUGAAGAUCUUUGGCGACCGACUAGCAAACUGAGAACUCUUUUAUUGUCCAGCACUCAAUUGGAGAUACUUCGGGAUGAGAAUUUCGCAGGGUUGUUGGAGCUGGAGACUCUCGAAUUGACAAACAGUCCAUUGCGCGAGAUCUCUCGACACGUGUUGGACGAUACGCCGUCCCUUCGAAGGAUAGAUUUACGGGACAACGAUUUAGCUUUCCUUCCAGCCAACGUUGCUCAACUACCAUAUCUUGGAGAACUGCAGCUUCAAGGGAAUCCAUGGGCCUGCGAUUGUCGCAUGUUCUGGUUUGUAAAAUGGGCGGAAAGCAGAACCCAUUUACGUGCAGCUUUCAAAAGUGGCCUCAGGUGCGGACACGAGAUCGACGGUACCAUCAAUACCUUGCAAACUCUUCGUUAUCUAAACUGUACACCACCGACCCUGGCACGAGUUUCUUUCACCAAUCAGUAUCUAUUGCUAAGUUCGGUUCUACUGGAGUGCGAGUUUAAUGGCAACCCGGCGCCGUCCUUGGCUUGGGUCACUCCAAAGCUCAAGGUUCUUCACUGGAACCCCGAUCCGGCAUUCCCUGAUGCAUUUGUAGAGCAUCCUCACGUACACGGAUGGAAACUGGACGAACCGGUCGAAGACGAUGGGAGGAUACGCAUUCUGGAGAAUGGCUCUUUGUACAUUAGCAAACUACUCAGGCAAGACGUUGGGCUUUACAGAUGCUUCGCCGUUAAUCCUAUAGCGAAUACAACAGCCUACAUUAUGUUGGAAAUGGAUCCCAUAACACUUCACAACAUCCAAAUCUUCAGUAUAGUAGUGGGUGGAGUCAGCGCAACGGCCUUCCUCCUGUUGACCCUAUUUUUGCAGUUGAUUCGAUACUUUUUCCUGAGGUGCGGUUGUAUAAAAUGGUGUCUUUGCUGCAGGCGCGUGGGUGCGACACCAAGAGCAAAACAAAUUUAUCAGAUGUUGGAUAACAUAGAGCAGUAUAAGAGUCAACAAUUGGAGAGAUUGCGUGAAAAUUAUACUCAACAAGUGCACAGGAUCAAGGACAACUGUGUUCAGCAAGUGGAAUGGAUUCGGGACAGUUACGAGGGUCAGAUGAGACACAUACGCGACAUCAGGGACUACGGUACCAGCCAUCUCACCGCGCUAAGAGACCAGUAUUACGAUCAGGUGAAGAGAGUGCGAGAUUACUCAACGAGUCAACUUAAUUGGGUCCGAGAAAAUUACGUCUUCCAACGGAAUAAAAUUCGCAAGUUCAGUGCUCAUCAGGUAUUGCGGCUAAGGGAGAGCUACAAGUAUCAACAGCAAACGUUAAACAAAGUGUUGGAAAAUCUACCGAAUCUUUAUUUCGACAAUUGUCGAAGUGGUUCCUGUGGGAAGAGCGACUCCGUUGUUUUUGAGAAUAGUAAAGAAGAUGGUUACGGAGGACCAGAUACGUACUUCAAAGCAAAGAUCAACGAUAUGACGGCGGGUACUAGUUUGGAAGAUAUGAACAGCGAAUAUUAUACACCCACGGAAUUAUCCUCUCUCAGUCCACACGGUAUAAAUAUAUUGGACGGUAUUCAUAUAAAUUAUAUCGAAAACAACGGACCAAGGGCACCACUGCAAAUCAUACUUCCUCCGCCUUCCCCGGUCAUAUUGCAUUGCAUCGAGGAAUAUGGAAGUUCUACGUCCGUUUGCAAUGAGUUCGAUCAGAGUAAACCGGUUUACAGAGGUUCAAGCGCUGAGAUACUGGCCGGAGAAUCACAAAAUGUACCGGAGGUUCUUGGACUACUCGCUCCAUGCACCAGUUUACCAGAACUUCCACGUGAGACUAAACUCUAGCCUAUCAAAAUCGAGCGGUGUGCAAGCAGCCAAACCACUACAAGGAAACAACGCGACUUUUCAUUCAACGAUGGAAUUGACGCGAGGGUGUAUUUUGCUUGGUGAACAUUAGAUAUAUGAAAUAAUAAUAAUAAUAAUAAUAAUAAUAAUAAUAAUAAUAAUAAUAAUAAUAAAUAAUAAUAAUAAAUAAUAAUAAUAAAUAAUAAUAAUAAAUAAUAAUAAUAAUGAUAAUAAUAAUAGUGAGAAAAAAGAUUAAAUGGAAGCUGUGCUUUCGUAAUGGCCAUUGUUCAAAGUUGUUCCGUGGCGCUAAAUCGCGUUACCCUCAUCAAGAAUUCGAAUGGCGGAAGUUGCUCCCCGACUUUAAGAGAAAAAAAGAGAGACAUCCGACAACAUUCGAGGUGAACGAACUUCAGUGCCAAGGAACCGAACAAUUUCUCUGUUCUUUUUGUUUCUUCCGUGUGUUCGAUGAAUGUCGAAUUCGUGUAAUAUGUGCGCGAUACUUUUAUGGGGACGUUCGAGGGAAAACGAAAGAAAAGAAGAGAAAAAAAAAAAUGCGGACAAUUUUCAAGAAACAAAAUCUAGUAUCUUGGAAAUUGUCCGCUCACGGUGUACUUUUUCUUUUGAUUGUUAUAUAUCGUUGUCGGAAAAAAGAGGGGGAAAAAAGGGGGGAAAACAAAACGAAAAACACAGAACAUUCGAGAAAGAAAAUUAUUGGACGAAUGGAUGUGUUCUUUCGAAUCGAGAAUCUUUUCGAAAAAGAAAAAAAAAAAAAAUACAAAUGAGAAUUUGAUUAGAUUUCUGAAUGGAAG